UAAUUUCUCAUUCAUGAAGUGAUUUUUGUUUAGCUCCGAGUGAUAAUUUGUUUUCUUUUUAUACACAUAUAUAAAAAGCGUUAUAUUAAUCUGUUUGGUUCUGAAUUUAACCAAAAUCAUGUGUGAUUUGUGUAGUAUAUAAGUGUAUCGUAAAUGUUGUCGCUAUGAUACGGAUAAUGUGAAAUUGCCGUCGUGUACAGUAUUCUUAAAUUUAUUAGUGUUGCGAAACAGAGACGAAAACAUCCUUAAACCAUGGGGAUUAUGUACGAGAAACGGCCUCUGAAGAGGCCAAGGUUGGGUCCUCCUGAUGUUUAUCCUCAGGAGCCUAGACAAAAGGAGGACGAGCUGACAUCAACCAAUGUAAAACACGGAUUUUCAACAACACCUCAGUCAAGUGAUGAGUUUGGCACUGCAAGAAACUUCAAUUAUUCAGCAUCGAAGAUAGGGCAGUUUUUCUCUAGCAUUCUGUCGAAAAAAGAAGAAUUGAAUACUUUACCUGAUUGUGGAAGGAAAAGACAACAAGUGAACCCAAAGGACAACUUCUGGCCAGCUACUGCCCGCACUAAAGCACAGAUUGAGGCCUGGUUUAAAGACUUGGCAGGAAGUAAACCCCUAUCCCAAUUGGCAAAGAAAGCACCAAACUUCAACAAAAAGGAAGAGAUCUUUAUAACUCUGACGGAGUACCAGGUGGCCAUGCCUAGAGCCGCCUGGUUCAUCAAGCUGAGCUCUGCAUACACGGUGGCUGUGUCUGAGGCUAAGAUAAAGAAAAGACAGCUCCCUGAUCCAACAACUGAAUGGACAACAACAUUGAUAAAGUUCCUAAAGGAUCAAAUUCCUAAACUGGCAGAACAUUACCAAAGUGCAGUUCCUGGAAAUGUGCCUGAUAAAACACCACCUUCACAAUCAGGACAAGGAACUCCCAGCCACAAUUCGUCUGGCAACCCACCGGGCAGCUCGACUCCUAACUCCACAGUCUCCAACUCUAUGCAUUCACCUGGAAAUUCCAGUACUCUAGGUUCUUCAACUCCUAGUUCGAGCGACAGCACCGACUGGCGUCAGGCUCUAAAGCUCUGGAACUACUGCUGCCGCCUCGCCAAGUACCUGCUGGACGAAGGCCUGCUCGACAGGCAUGACUUCCUCACCUGGAUCAUUGAACUGCUGGAUAAGAGGGCACCAGAUGAUGGACUGUUGAGGCUGUUCCUUCCACUAGCUCUUCAGCAUAUGGGCGAGUUUGUCUGCUGCGAAAGCCUAUCGCGGCGUCUCGCCACGUCCUGUGCUAAGAAAGCUGCGGCUAUCUGCUCCGUCCUAUCCGAGACAACACUGCGCACUCUCAACCAGCCUGCGGUGUUCACUAAAGUGGCGGAAAGAACUACAGAAACAAAUGGCACACCAAUGUCGCCAGCCCCGGAAACGAACGCCGACGUUAAGCCAAAUAUAGCACAAAUCAAACGGGAACCGACGCCAGUUGAAAACCAGGGUACACCCAAUCCCAACCAUUCUUUGGGCACACCCAACCCCACUCAUUCCUUGGGGACUCCAAACCCCAAUCAUUCGCUUGGCACUCCGAACCCACAGCAGCCGAUGGACGUGCAGGUGAAGGAGGAGAGGGGGGCGUCGCCAGCGAGGGAGACUAAGCCCACGAUGCCUGCUGUGGUAGCCGCAGCUAUGAACCCAGUGCAAGUCGGGUUCGGAGAGAUACUCAACUGUGCAUACCACAGGGAUGUUAUUAUACAGUUGGCUACAGUUUUGCAGUUAAUAUGCAUUGAGUGUCCGACGGCGAUGGUCUGGUCUGGGUGCGGCUCGUCGCUGCAAGGCUCUCCGCUAGACCUGCUCCCGCUGCCGCCGUCCGCGCUACCCAUGCCUCAUAUGGACACUGCCGCUACUGAGGAGCAUAGGAAAAUGGUUUAUGAGGCAGAACAAGAAAUCUCAGCACGAAGUAAGAAAGCUGAAAGUAAAUGGUGUACGGAUAAAUGGCAGACCAGCUCUCAAGCGCGAGUGUUAGCGGUUCUGGAAGCUCUGGACAGGCACUGUUUCGAUCGAGUGGACCCUAACAAUAAUCUAGACACGUUAUAUAAGGAAGUGUUCGCGAACUGUCCGCCGCCCUCCAAAGAAAAUACUGAUACCAAAGAUCCGGAGUGGGCGUGUCCGUACUCGGUGGUGCGCGUGAUCUGCGAGUGGGCGGUGUGCGGCGCGCGCUGGGGCGAGCACCGCGCGCAGGCCGCCGCCGCGCUGCUCGACCGCCGCCAGCACCACACGCUGCACCAUCACCACGAACACCACGCCACCGGUAUGUACCACGCAGAGGAGACAACUCCAUUAAAACGUUCGGAUGACAAGGAAUCCGUUAGCUCCGGUGCGGGUUUAUACAACGGACCGCCGAUUUUUCAGAAUCUUUUAUUACGAUUCUUGGAUAGUGAUGCACCUGUUUUAGAUGAAAGUCCGAACGCCCCGCCCGGCAACAGGCAGCAGUUUGCCAACUUGGUGCAUUUGUUUGGAGAGCUAAUACGACGCGACGUGUUCUCGCAUGACGCCUAUAUGUGCACGCUUAUUUCUAGAGGGGAUUUAAUAUCUCCUACGGAGCCCACGUCAACGGGAGGCAGUGCGCACACAGUGGCGCCGCCUGCCAACAGCACCGGUACUAACCACAAUAUGGAUGACGAUAUCUUUGCCGGUAUCGACUUGAAACCGAAGAUGGAGGAGAACGUGCGAAUGGAUUUAGACGAUUCAAAGAUUGAUGACGAUCUGGACAAGCUGCUACAGCAUAUAAAAGAAGACCAACAAAACUCCAUGGAUGCACCGGACAGCCCUAAAGACCCCGGCGAACCGUCGCAUAGUGUGAAUUCUCCCAUGAUGGUUCCAAGCGGCAUGAGCAUACCGGGCAUACCUUCGAUGAGCAUGGGUCCUAUGUCUGUACCAGGCAUACGUACAACCAGCUCAGGCCCGUCGAGCGGCUGCGGCGGCCCGUCACCGGGCGCGGUGUCCCGCCACUACCACUACACGCAGCACUUCCCGCUGCCGCCCGCCGAGCCCGACCACACGCCGCACGACGCCAACCAGCGGCACAUCCUGCUGUACGGCGUGGGCCGCGCCCGCGACGAGGCCAAGCAUGCCGUCAAGAAGAUGACCAAAGAAAUCUGCAAAUUAUUCUCCAAGAAGUUUUCAAUCGAUGUAGCAGAAGGGGGUAAAAUCAAAAAGCACUCCAGAAGCGAAUUCAACUUUGAGGCGGUCACUCAAAAGUUUCAGGCGAUGUCGAUGUACGAGCAGGGCGCGGUGUCGUGGGCGGUGGGCAGCGCGGUGUGCGAGUCGCUGGCGGCGUACGCGGCGGGCGCCACCACGUACCUGCCGCAGCCCGAGCACGUCGCCUUCGCGCUCGACCUCAUGGAGAUCGCGCUCAACGUGCACGGACUCAUCGAGACCUGCAUACAGAUAUUGAAAGAGUUGUCGGAGGUGGAAAGCGCGUUGAUAUCUCGCGGCGCUCCGAGCAGUGGUCUGGCUGCGCCUCGAGCUUACACCUCUGCGCUAGCUCUGUACACCGUCGGUGCGCUGAGGAAAUAUCACUCUUCUCUACUACUGUGUGUGGAGCAAACGUCGGCGGUGUUCGAGCAGCUGUGCCGGCUGGUGAAGUGCGUCGUGAACCCGGGCGACUGCGGCUCGGCCGAGCGCUGCGUGCUGGCGCAGCUGCACGACCUGUACAAGGCCGCCGCGCAUCUGUGCCACGCGCCGCACGCUGACACCUUCGCCAAUGCCUACCCCAAGAUCAAGCAAGCUCUAUACUCCCCACUACAACCGACGCCGUCAAACUAUCCGUAUAAUCCUCAAUUUUUGAGUGAAUUCUUUACGAAUCCACGUAAAGGUAAAAUAGAAAUAGCGUGGGCCCGUCAGGUCGCGGAGUCGCCGGCUAACAGAUACAGCUUCGUUUGUUCCGCCAUGUUGGCUGUGUGCCGGGAAGUCGAUAAUGAUCGUGUGAACGAGCUGGGCGUAGUAUGCGCGGAGAUGACAGCGUGGUGUAGUGGUCUCGCGGCGGAGUGGUUGGGGGCGCUAGUGGCGCUGUGCGGGGCCCAGCACUACCCCGCGUCCGCGCCGCACGCCGCGCCGCCGCCGCUCUACCCGGACCUGCUGCUGCAUAGGGACCUGCACGACGCUGCGGCUCAUGAUGCGCUGGCCGUAUUUACUUGUAUUCUUGUAGCUCGCCACUGCUUUUCCCUCGAGGAUUUCGUCCGUCACGCGGCGCUUCCGUCCCUGCUGAAGGCGUGCGGUGGCGGCGGCUCCGGCAACGCGCCCAACGCGCCCUCACCCGACACCGGCGCGAGACUCACCUGUCAUCUACUGCUCAGGCUAUUUAAAACUGUCGAUACUCCACAACCUGGUCUGUACUCGGUGUCGACGUCCCCGGGCCCGGGCGGCGCGGCGGCGGGCGUGCGCCUGUCCUGCGACCGCCACCUGCUGGCCGCCGCGCACAAGAACAUCGGCGUCGGGCCUGUGCUCGCCACGCUCAAGGCUAUACUCAUGGUGGGAGACUCGACGGCUCGUGAUGGCGGCAAGCCGGGCGGCAAGAAGUCCUGCGAACUGUCUCACAUACUGGGCACUAGCGACACGGUCCCUACUGACACGGCGCUGGACCUCAUGUCGAUGGUAGAUUCAGAGAUGAGUGGGGGCCAUAGAACUCCUAGGGGUAGCGGCGGAGUCGGCUCCACCCUCCUGGACUCGUCGCAGUCGCUCUCGUCGUUGGCUCGGAGAGUUCUAGCUGAGAUUUGCUCUGAGGAGUGGGUGCUGCAGAAGUGUUUGCAGAACCCUGAUGAGUUGUAUCAGCCGGAUAUGCUUCUAGAUCCUAUGCUAACUCCGAGGCAGGCGCAGAGGUUACUCCAUAUGAUUUGCUAUCCAGAAUCGGCGAGUCACACGCAUCCAGAUCUUGAUCAGAAAACAAUGAUCACCAGACUGCUAGAGAACCUGGAGCAGUGGUCGUUGCGCAUGUCGUGGCUGGACCUGCAGCUGAUGUUCAAGCAGUUCCCGAGCGGGUCGUCGGAGCUGAGCGCGUGGCUGGACACGGUGGCGCGCGCCGUCAUCAACGUGUUCCAGCAGCCCGCGCCGCCGCCGCCCGACAAAGACAGGACCGGCACAGACCGCGGUGUGGUGAGCACCAGCAAGUGGUCGGAGUCGGUGUGGCUGGUGGCGCCGCUCGUCGCGAAGCUGCCCGCCGCCGUGCAGGGCAGAGUGCUCAAGCAAGCUGGACAGAUAUUGGAAAGUGGUUGGGGCGCGGGCUGUAGCGGCAACUGCUCCAGUGGCGGCGGCGGCGGCGGCAGCUCACACAGGGACUGCAAGAGUCAUCAAAGUCCUAGUUAUAAAGGUUCAUCGGGUGCUGGCAGUGGAGGUAAGCGUGGUGUGAGUAGCGGCGGCUGCGGCGGCGGCUGCGCGUGCGGCGGCGGUAACGCCGUCAGACUCGCUAACGAGCCUCUCCUGUCGCUGGUACUCACAUGUCUCAGGCAUCAGGAUGAUCAGAAGGAGAGUCUCCUGAGCUCGAUCCACACGCAGCUGCAGCACUACCUGAGCCACGCGCGCGAGCACGAGCGCGCGGCGUGCGCGGACAGCUGGCAGGACGAGGCCGCGCCCGACGCGCUGCUGCUGCGCUUCUCUCUCGCCGGCGGCAUGUUCGACGCCAUCCGGAGGUCCUACCAGCUGACCGCCGACUGGGCCGUCUUACUGACUCAGCUGGUCGCGCAUCAACUCAUCGAUGCUUAUAAUAAUAGUCUUUGUCGUAGCAACCUGUUCUCGACGGUCAUCGACAUGCUCGCCACUCUGAUCCACUCCACGCUGGCCGACGGAGGCGACGACAACAACCGCAAGCACUAUCAGAAUCUCAUGAAGAAGCUGAAGAAAGAGAUAGGAGAUAGACACGGCCCGUCCGUGCAGUGCGUGCGACAACUACUGCCGCUCUCUAAGAAUACUAUCAUAGAGGUAAUCGCGUGCGAGCCAAUUGGAUGUCUAGUCGAUCAGAAAGGAAAUAAAAUCACUGGUUUCGACAGUGAUAAGAAACAGGGUCUCCGCCUAACAGACAAGCAGCGCGUGUCUAGUUGGGAGCUGGUGGAGGGCGGGCGGAACCCCGCGCCGCUGUCGUGGGCGUGGUUCGCCGCUACCAAGAUCGAGAGGAAACCGUUGACGUAUGAAAAUGCUCACAGGCUACUUAAGUACCACACUCACAGUCUAGUCAAGCCCCUAAGUUAUUACCUGGAGCCGCUACCCUUGCCGCCUGAGGACCUGGAAACUAAUGACAUCAAACAGGAAAAUGGAAGCCUGGAUUCAAGUCCCACCGGUGCUGGAAAACCGAGAUCACGAAACGCUCCGGGCAAGAAUAUCAAAAAGUCCAAACCAACUACACCGACAAACGGCGCCCCUGCGGCGGCGGGUGGCGCGGGGGCCGCGGGCCUGGCGCCGCAGCCCGCGCAGCAGCCGCAGUUCAUGCAGCAGCAGCAGCAGUGGUUCCCGCCGCCCGGGCAGAACUACUACAACCCGCCAGCUGGCGUCAGUCCGCGCAGCGUGGCCGCGCCGCCGUCCAACAACCAGUCGAAGCAGGCGCUCAGCAACAUGCUGCGGCAACGCGUGCCCUUCAACCAGAUGUCGCAGAUGCAGGUCAAUCAAAGCGGCGGCUACCCGGGCGCGCCCCACACUCGCGCGCAGUUCCCGCGGCAGAGCAUGCGCCAGAUGCAGCCCAACCAGAUGCCCGGCAUGCAGACCGCACAAAUGAAUCCAAUGAACGCUAUGUCACAAAUGGGUCCUAUGGGUCAAAUGGGCGGCGUUCAGAUGCCAGGUCAGAUGGGAGGAGGACAAAUGGCCGCCAACCAGAUGAGCGCCGGGCAGAUGGGCGCGGGGCAGAUGGCGGGCGGCCAGAUGGGCGGCAUGGGCGGACAGAUGUUCAGCGGACAGUACGGCGGCAUGCAGCAGAGCUACGGGUACAGCCAGCAGAUGAUGCAGGGCGGGCAACAGCAGAUGAUGAACCAGGGAAUGGGCCAGUCUGUGAACCAAAUGGGUCAACAAGUCAACCCGAUGGGUCAAGGUGUAAACUCUAUCGGACAGAACGUGGGUCAAAUGAACCAGGGUGUCGGACAGCCAUCGCAGAUGCCCCAAUCCAUGGGUCAGAUGAGUCAAGGCAUGGGCCAGAUGGGUCAACCCAUGGGCCAGAUGGGCCAGAUGGGUCAAGGCGGCGGCAUGCCGUCUAUGAACAGCCAGGGAGCGAGUAUGGGCCCGCAAGGGGGUAACUCCAUGGGAGGGUUCCCUGGACAACAAACAUUCCAACAGAAUAUGAUGGGCAACCGCGCAAGUCAAGAAGCGUAUCUGGCUCAACAGAGACAGAAUGCUCGGCCACCUUACAUGCAGCAAGCGCCUAACGUAACGAUGGGCGCGAUGGGCGGGCCGGCCCCGCCCUACCCGCGCGGCAUGCAGCCGCAGCAGAGCUCGCAGUACCAGCAGCAGAUGAACCAGCAGCGCAUGCGACAGCAGAUGAUAGCCAUGCAACAGCAGCAGCAGGGAGGGCCCGGACUCGUGCAGCAUUUACAACGACAGCAGUACCAGCCGCCUUAUUAACGCCUUACUAAAUUAACCUUGAAGGCCCAAUACUGGAAUGUUAGUCAUUUUGAAGUUGCUAUAGUACCAACCACCUUACUCCAAAGUACUAACUUAAAGGGUUCACUCAAUUAUUAAAUCACAGUCUCUGUUGCGUUAUGGCGUAAUAGUGACCAAAAGACGAAAGUUUAAAAGGUAUGUUGCAUUUCAGUUUUUGGGAACCAGAUAAAUAUUUGCUAGUAGAUUCAAAAUAAUAUCUGCAAAACGCAUUUUCUUUACCUUGGCAAAAAAGUUACUAUUAAAAGCAACAACAAAUAGACAAAAGUGUUAAAAUAUUACUUAAAGGUUCAUUCUUAUAACAUUUUUUGAUGCUGACUGUACUUCGAUCAUCAAUUAUAGCUGUAAUGGCGCCUUACUGACUUAGUACAUGUAAUUUACGUCGAAUUAAUUAUAUUAAAGAUGAAGGAUGGUGGACCAAAUUCGGGAUAUAAACGACAUUAUAUGCUAGUAGAGAGAGUUUCUGUUACAUUCACUAGAGAACGCGUUUCAUUUAUUUCAUUGCCUUUGUUUUUUUCUUAUUUGUUUCUUUAAACCAAGUUUUUUCACUCAAUAAUAAUUUCGCAAUAGAAUUUGUCGUGAUCCUAUGAGAAACUGAUAAUAUUUUUUAUGUAAAUGCUUUUAUGGUUAAAAUACUUCUGUUGUGCUUUCUUCUCUUCGUUGGAAACAAAAAAAAAACUCCAGUGUAAUGUAACUCGAAUAACAAAACACCAAUUACAUAUGCCGUCCAUGCCAUAUAUAUACGGCUAAAUAAUACCUGUUAGGCCUUCGAACUGUCGGCUUCCUUGAAGACUCGCUUAGAAUGCUACUCAAAUGGCAACAAUACUUUACAUCUUUCAGUGUUACUAUUACUAGGAGAGAAUUUAAAUUUGUUGUAAAACAUCUGACGACGAAUCGUUGUAGCACCAAAAACAUAAAUAUUGGUGCAAUACAGUCGUUAAGUAUGAGUAAAAUAAAGAAAAACAGGGCUCUUGACACAAACGCUAUCGCAACAGUUAAUAUAACGGUUUUCUCUUUUCAACUUUUACACUAUGAGUACUUUGCAGACUGCGCUCGUGCCUCUGAAUGUCCGAGUCUUUAUUAAAGCCUUAAAUAUUACUCUAGCUAGCAUAACAAAUGUAACUAUUUUCAUAGACGAACACGAAAACCGUGAGAUGAUAAGUUUUGAUACUAUAUCAAAUAUAGAAGGUUAGAACUGUAUUACAUACCUUAAGUACGUAGCCAAAUCAGGUGUUAUAUAAUUCUAGACAAAUUACAAUUGUAUUUAUUUUUUAUUUAUAGAAGAUCUUAAUUUUUUAGUAUUUUACUUUAUGUUCUGCUUCUUAUUAAAUACUUUUUUCAUUCUUAAUGUAAAUCAUUUAGGCUAUUUUAGUCCAGCACAAUCAUAAGUGAGGUUUUGUAUUAUUAUUUCGUGAUCUUAACACGGUUACAAUUGAGUUAGAAGUGGAAUGUCGAAUAUAUCUAUUUUAUUACAUGUAGUACAAUUUUAUAAACUCACAACUGUUUAGUUUUAAGGUAAUUUGUAAAUAGUUUGUCGUAAAUAAGGUCAAUUUAGAUGAU